AGGUAUAACAUAUAUCAGGCUUUGGAUACACACACACAAUACUUGUAAGUUGGAUCGAUUCAUUGAUGGUUCGGCUCUGCACAUAAGAUUUGUUGACAAUAUAGAAAAUCGCCAGCUUUAUCCUUUAAACCAACACCUUCAAAAAUAGUUGCAAAGUGAGUAGAUCAACAUGGUGGAUCCACGUUUCAUGAAGAAACACAAAUGAACCUUGUUGUAUAAAGAUGUUCUGAAAGUUGUCAAAAUAGACAAAAUAGACAGGCAAAGUGAUGAGGAUGAUGAAGGUGUGAUGUGCAGAGUGAGGGAGGAGGGACAUCAAGAUCAAAACAGGGGUGUCUGCAGAGGGGUCCAUGCAGACCCUUGCGGAUAUGGGCGGACAACAAAAUUUACAUCUCACGGACCAGCGUGGACCCUCGUCGCCACCAAUUCAUGCAGAAUUCAUGCAGGAAGCAUGAAUUGGCCUUUAGUGUCAGGUGUGCAACUAUGCCAUCUGUGGAUUUAAAGAGAGUCAUUCCCUCACUGCUGCAUGAGAUGUACUUUGCAUAGAUGAAUAAGAAAAUAAAUAAAUAAAACAUGGGUUAAGUGAAAAAAGGGCAGAGGUGGGACAAAUGAAGAUGAUGAAGGUGUGUUGUGUAGAUUGAGGGAGGAGCGAUAUCGCAGUCCAACAGGGACUAAGACGGUUGGGGAAAGAGAAUGUGAAGAGAAAGUGGUUGUAUGACUCAGAGUUCUAGUCAGAAAGCUGCCAGAGCUGCGGCUCUCUCAUGAUCUCUGAUGAUGGAGGUCCAGGAAGGAGCGGAGCUCUGCUUUCCACAACUCCUCAACACCUCCUGCAGAAGGUCAACAUCUUCUGGAUCUGAAGUUGUGUUUCGGAUCAUUCUGCUGUCCUCCUUCUCUCUGCUCACUGUGGCUCUCAACCUGCUCGUCAUCAUCUCGGUCUCCCACUUCAGGCAGCUCCACACACCCACCAACCUCCUCCUCCUCUCUUUGGCUGUAUCAGAUAUUCUCGUGGGCCUCGUGCUGAUACCAGGAGCAGUUCUCCCACAAACAUCCUGCUGGUUUCUUGGUGAUCUCAUGUGUUCUCUGUUUAAUUAUGUGGCCUUCACCAUUACCUCUUCCUCAGUAGGAGACAUGGUGCUCAUAUCAGUUGACCGCUAUGUGGCUAUUUGUAACCCUCUGCAUUACACCACCAGAAUCACUGUGAGAAGAGUUAAACUCUGUGUUUGUCUGUGUUGGCUCUUUUCUGCUCUCUUCAGCAUUUUCUUUACAAAGGAUGAACUGACUCAACCAGGUAAGUAUAAUUCCUGUCACGGAGAGUGUGUGUUUGUCAUUGACUAUAUUUCAGGACUUGUUGAUCUUGUUCUGACCUUUAUUGUUCCAGUUACUAUCAUCAUAAUCUUGUAUAUGAGAGUGUUUGUAGUGGCUGUGUCUCAGGCUCGUGCAAUGCGCUCUCACAUUGCAGCUGUGACACUCCAGGUUUCACUGACUCUAACAUCAAAGAAAUCUGAGUUGAAAGCAGCCAGGACUCUUGGUAUUCUUGUAGUUGUGUUUCUAAUAUGUUUCUGUCCAUAUUAUUGUGUUUCUCUUGCAGGGGGCGACACUUCAUUCACUAAUCCAUCUGCAUUCUUUUUGGGUAUUCUGUAUUAUUUGAACUCCUGCCUGAACCCUGUGAUAUAUGCCUUGUUCUACCCCUGGUUCAGAAAAGCUAUUAAACUCAUUGUGACUCUUCAGAUACUGCAGCCUGGCUCCUGUGAUGCCAACAUACUGUAG